AGUCACGCGUGACUUUCACGACCUAAUCGCUUGAAUCACAACCUCAUUUCCUCAAUUUCCUUCUAUUUCUUCGGAUACAGGCAGUCUACUUCGCCAUGUCCUCCUUCUUUGGAGCGUCGACGUCCACAACUGCGGCAAACAGCAGUAGUACCGACAAAGAUCUUGAAGUUGCUGACCCCCCGCCAGACUCGAUUUCAUCGUUGUCCUUCUCUUCACAAGCGGACUAUCUUGCAGUUGGCAGUUGGGAUAAUAGUGUAAGAGUCUAUGAGGUCGGAACCAAUGGCCAAACGCAAGGGAAGGCGAUGUACCAACAUAACGGCCCAGUUCUAAGCGUCUGCUGGAACAAGGAGGGGAACAAAAUAUUCUCGGGUGGCGCUGAUAAUCAAGCUAAAAUGUUCGAUGUAACGACUGGUACAGCCAUGCAAGUGGCUCAGCAUGAUGCUCCUGUCAAAGUUGUCCGGUGGGUUGAAUCACCGAAUAUGGGAGUAUUGGCCACUGGGAGCUGGGAUAAAACGAUCAAAUAUUGGGACCUCCGCGCUCAACAACCCGUGGCCUCAGUCCAGCUCCCAGAACGAUGCUAUAGUUUCGAUGUACAAUAUCCUCUUUUGGUCGUUGGAACAGCUGAGCGUCAUAUCCAAGUCUUUAGCCUCAACAAUCCUACCACGCCAUACAAGACCAUGGUGUCGCCUUUGAAAUGGCAAACACGCGUUGUGUCCUGUUUUACAGCGUCCCAAAACUCAGGAUUUGCCGUUGGUAGUAUUGAAGGACGAGUGGCUAUCCAAUAUGUGGAAGACAAGGAUAACGGAAGCAAUUUCUCCUUCAAAUGUCACCGUAAGGACACAGUGCCCAAUUCAAAAGACCAGGGAAUGGUUUAUGCCGUCAAUGAUAUAUCAUUCCAUCCGGUGCAUGGAACUUUUUCGACAUGCGGCUCCGAUGGCUCCAUCCACUUUUGGGACAAAGACGCUCGCACUCGUCUCAAAUCAUUUGAGAUCAGCAAGGACUUCCCCGGACCGAUCGCUUGCACAGGAUUCAAUCGUAACGGUAACAUCUUUGCCUAUGCCAUUUCUUAUGACUGGUCCAAGGGGCAUUCGGGUAUGACACCUGGGCAUCCCAAUAAGCUGAUGCUGCACGCUUGUAAGGACGAAGAGGUCAAGAAACGUCCCAGAAAGUAGCGCUUGUACGAUAUAUGUUUCCAUACAGUAAUAGCAAUCUAGCUCUGUCCUUUGUUUGGCAAUGAAUGAUUAUUUCCGUCCCCAU